AUGUCAGCGACCACCGCUACCUUACCCUCUCCUCAGGCCUGGAGUCCCGGUGUUGGUCCCAACGUUUCCACCACACCGAUGGGACUGCCACAAAGAACCCCUUCAUCUGUUGGCCAAAUGACCGCCCCGAUAUUGGGAAAACCGGGCACUGCUGCUCUCUCACCACGACUCCUGCGCGACUCGUGUAACAGCUAUUUCGGCAUCGUCGAUUUCUCCACUGCUAACCCAGCGAAUUCAUCCUCCAUGCAUACACGCAAGGCUUGGAAUUUACCUGCAGGCUCGUCCCCCGUGAAGCUUAACUGCAACACAAACAACAAUAAUAACAAUAAUAGCAAUAAUAGCAAUCACUGCAAUCGCCACUCCUCUGAACACACCUUUGAAUUCGAAGCGUUGAGGAAGCAAGCUGAAUCAGCUGGGUUUAUCGCCGGUCACCGAAUCUCAUCUAGCUUCGAGAAGCAGACACAGGCUCAACGGGACCGGGGAAGAAAUGCUGAAGAGAAACGUGUGAGACAAUCGCCUAUUUCUCCACACACUACCGAUGCCUCGUGGACCCGGCCUCGGUAUGAUGAUAUGAUGACGAGCUAUAUGAGCAUUGAUCCACGUCCUAAUACUCAUACUGCAGAGGUUAAGUCGGCGACUGCUUUUGUCAAGCCGAUCUAUGACAAUAUACCAACAGGACCAAACUCAGCCGCAAACAUCACAUGUCCAGUUACCCCGGUUAGUUCAGAAGGUGGUGCGCAGCCCAUGCGCCUCACACUUCCCCAAUCCGCGCAGAAUUCUUUCGCUAUGCAUAGAUCGCGCCCUCUCCAACGUUCAGAAACUUCUCCUGCCAGCGUUGACCAAGGCAAUGUUAUCUUCAUCUCCCCGAGUAUGUGUGCGGAGCUCUUAAAGUCGUCUCCAGGCAAUACUCUUUUCCUAGAUGUACGACCGUAUCCCCAAUUUACUGAAGCAAGAAUAAAAGGGGCCUUGAAUCUAUGCAUACCCACGACGCUCUUGAAACGCCCCUCUUUCAACCUGCAAAAGCUCCAGGACACCUUCGCGGGCGAAGAGAAGGAAGGUUUCGCACGCUGGCAGAUAAGCACGCGCAUCGUCGUCUACGAUGAAUCAACGACACACAUGAAGGAUGCAUCAACGUUAAUCAAUGUGCUGAAAAAAUUCACGAGCGAAGGCUGGAAGGGCGAACCAUCUAUCCUACGUGGUGGCUUUGCGAAAUUCUCCGCUGAGUUCCCGGAAGCCGUGGAAUCUGCAUCGCAAAUAAAUGGUGGCCACCAACAACCGCCCUCUACCGCCCUUACACUCCAACGCUCCAUCAGCCUCGCCCUUCCCCGCAACUUAUACAUGUCCAUAGCAGGAGGCUGCUCAAUUCCCAAAACCACUUCAACCACCCACCCCUUUUUCUCCAAUAUUCGUCAGAACACGGACCUAAUCGAUGGCGUUGGCCAGAUCCCGAUCAAAGUGCCCCCACAGCUCCAGCCACAACUACAACCAAAAUCUAGUAACAGAAAAGCAGACCACCUAAAUCUCCUCCCGCAAUGGCUCAACCGUGCCUCUGACAUUGAAGAUAAGGGUAAACUGGUCUCACAGAGGUUCCUACAGAUUGAGCAAGCGGAGCAGAAACGGAUGCAAGAGGCGCUGACGGGGUCUGUGGAGUAUGGUGAGGCUAAUACGAGUAAUUCGGCAAAGAAACCCUUCCGUAUUGCGGGAAUAGAACAGGGAUCUAAGAACCGAUAUAAUAAUAUAUAUCCCUAUGACCAUUCGCGGGUGCGGUUGCAGGGUGUCCCUAAUGGGAUGUGCGAUUAUUUCAAUGCGAGCUUUGUACAGUCUUCGCGAUCGCAGAAGAGGUAUAUUGCAACGCAGGCGCCAAUUCCGGGAACUUUUAAUGACUUCUGGCGCGUCGUCUGGGAACAAGACAUCCGUGUCAUCGUCAUGUUAACCGCGGAAUCCGAGGGGCCGCAGGUGAAAUGCCACCCGUACUGGAAAGCAGGAGACUACGGACCUUUACAGGUUAAAGCAUGCACGGAAAAGCGUAUACCACUCACUAUCUCUCCGCAAUCCAAACAACAACAUCAACGUUCUCCAAGCGCCCAACUCACUACCAACAACAUCAACACGACCAAUUCCGACAGCGUAACCCCCUUCGUAACAAUCCGGCAUCUGACACUUGCCCACACUUCCUUCCCCUUCCAGCCCAUCCGCGAAAUAACCCAGUUACAAUACGCGCAUUGGCCUGAUUUCGGCACCCCCGCUGAACCGGCUCAUCUCGUCAGGUUAAUUGAGGAGGUGAAUCGGGUUGCUGAGGCGACAAAUGGUGAUGUCGGGAAUGAGAUGAUGACGUUGGCUCCGGAGCCGGAAAAGCAGCGGCGGAUAUUGGUCCAUUGCAGUGCUGGGUGUGGGCGAACGGGCACGUUCUGUACCGUUGAUAGCGUGGUAGAUAUGUUGAAGAGGCAGAGAAUGGCAGCAUUGGCGUCAAAGACAUCGUCAACGUCAGCGUCAGUGAUGACUUCGCCUACGGCUAUGGAGACGUCGUCGGCGAUGUCGACUAAUAUGGUCGAAGGUGAGAUUGAGGAUGGAGAGGAGAGAGGGGGGGGAAACGAUGACUGGCUCUGCCGCGAUGACAUAGACCUCAUCGCCGCAACUGUGGAGGAUUUUCGCCUCCAGAGACUGAGCAUGGUGCAGAGUCUCAAGCAGUUCGUGCUUUGUUAUGAGAGUGUUUUGGCGUGGAUUGCGCUGCAUGAGGUGGAGCUUGUGAAUGGAUGUGUCGAUGAUGAACAUCAGUUAUGUCCUGGUAUAGAUCGGACGAUGACUGCUCCGCUGUUGGCGCCUUUGACGGCUCCAUCGAUGACACCUCUGGCUCGGAAGGGCCUGGGCGGGGAGGAGGAGGGAUCUUCGAGGAGUUACGAUGAGUGA